AUGGACGAACAACGCACCCCCAAAGAUAGAGAAGAACAUCUAGAGGAAAAAGUCCGUCAAGUCAUGAGCAGGCUCGGAAUAAGAUGUGAAGACGUAGACAUUUCUCUUCAAAGUGACUCACCCCUUGCGGAUUUCAUCAUCUCUCACGAAUUCCCUGCAAAAUUCAAAUAUACUCCAAAUCUGGAAUCCUAUGACAGGACUGGCUGCCCCAAAAGCCAUCUUUUUCCUACUACCCUGAAAGGUCUGGCGCAAGAAUGGUACCAAAGCUUAAAGCCAGGAUCGGUGCUAACAUUCAAACAAUUCUCAGGACUAUUUCAGGCUAGAUUCGUAGCAUGCAUCCCUCAGAAGAAGUUGUCCACAGAUCUGCUGUCUAUCAUGCAGAGAGACGGAGAGACACUCAGGAAAUAUGUAGAGAGGUUCAACAAGGAGGCCAUGCAAAUAGAAGACCUGAGCCAAGAGAUCGCCUAUACAUCGUUACUCAACGGAACAACCAAUUCCGAUAUGCGGAAAGAACUGCUGGCCAAAUCACCAAGAUUAUUCACUACACUAAUGACCAUCGCACAUACUCAAAUUAGAGUGGAUGACGGCCAGAGAGAGAUAGAAAGCCGACACGGAGGACGGGUAGAAGAACGAUCAUUUUCAGAAAAAAGGAAUGAAGAUAGAUCGCCCAACGGAAGAAGAUUCGGAGAGAAAGGCAACGACCGUUUCAGAAAUAAGAGAAAAACGGACGAAGAUAGGCGUUACACCCCCCAUAAACACUACCAGAACCAACGUAUUAUUUUGGGUGAAAGACAACCGGGUGAAAGUCAGAUGGCCAAGGAAAAUGAAUGUUGCAUCAGCCAGCAAAAGAGACAACAGGUACUGCAAAUUCCACAGAGACAACGGCCACACCACAUAAAAUUUUGGCAUCUGAAGGAGGAGAUAGAAAAGGAGUCCCUUUCCCAGUUCGUGAAAAGGGAUACCGAAGCCAAAGAGGCCGAAGUCGAAAGAAAGAAGGAACGAAAGGAAGAAACUACCAGAAGGCCCAGGCCGGAGCCGGCAAGCGUGGUUAACGUAAUAAUGGGUGGAUACACUGGAGGAGACAGCAAUACUACCAGAAAGAAAGCAGCUAGAACGGUCUACUCUGUCAGCCCAGGUGCACCAGACAUAAAGAAGUUCGGAAGCGUAUCUUUUUCAGAAGGUGGCAGCCAUGGGUUAUCACUCCCCCAUGAGGACGCCCUAUUGGUAAAGGGACGACUCAAUAAUUUCGAAGUAUCCCGGAUGCUUGUAGACACUGGAAGCUCGGUAAACAUGAUCACAAUGAAGGUGUAA